UACUGAUCUGAGUCACCGUGCUUUGUUCACAGUGUCGUGAGCCUAGACGGUAAACAACUCGCGAAUCGACGACCUGGACGACGCAUCUUGGCUUUCCUGAUAGCUGGUAUACACAGUGGAAAUCAGGUAGUGCGCUAUCACAUUAUGCUUGCUUCUGGAGAGCCGCGGUCUGAGACGAUGCUAUCAGGAGCGUGUGUCCAUCGUCGCGGUUGUCGCCGCACACGUGCACGAAGCUUUAAGACUGCGUGGUCACGUCGCCGUAGCGCACAUCCAAUCUGAACGGAAUGGACAGAGUCGAGUCGAUCACAGCCGCAACGUCUGAGGGCUCCUCUCAAGGUCUUUCGAUCUCGCGGCUUCCUGUGGAGGUCUGUGAACGGAUCAUCGACCACAUAGCUACGGGAUGGAAUAUCGGUUACACAAGGGGUGAUCCACAUCUGACCACUCUCAUAUCGUGCGCACUCGUAUGUCAAGACUGGUACUACCUGACGUGGUAUCAUCUGCGUCAACGCAUUCAUCUGCGAGACCGGAAGGACGUCCUAUCUCUCUCCAAGACACUUCGCGAAAGACCGCGUCUCCGUGAGGUCGUUCAACAGGUUGUUAUAUCGGGUGCAUCACCCGGGGAACGUCGACCGAUCGGGCACCUAGGGACGUUUGCCGCCAUGCUCGCGGGCAAGGCCCCUAGGUUGUCGCGGAUCACCAUUGAAGAUGCGGAGUGGACCAUCGGCUCGGUCCGAACGGAGGACAUCGGCUACCUAGCUGCGUUCAGCUGCAUUAACACUCUAUUCAUCAUCAAUCUCACCUUGUCGAGUGUCACCCAGCUGUCCCGCCUCGUUUCAGCACUCCCGAGGCUUAGAGACUUAUGGUGCUUCAAUGUCAGUUGCUUGCAGAAACAGCAAGUCUCCCCGGUCUCUCUCCCACUGAACUGCGCAAAUAUGGAGGCUCUCGAUGUGCGAUGGGUUGCACCAGCAGUCGAAGACCUCUUCGUGCAGAUCAGUCGGGCUUCCCGAGUGCGCGAUCUCGUUCUUGGGGUGGACAGCGACUCGGAGUUGGAUCCUCCCUCGGCAGCCAGCAGAAGCCAGACUGUGCUGGAUACGAGUUCCACAUCUGCAGAAGUGGUUACGCUCCAUCUCUAUCCCAGUAUUCCUGUUCGUGAUGGUACAAUGGAAGCCACAAGCGACACUACAACCUUUCACACUACGACCAUCUGUGGAGGUUGGAGAUAUGGCUGUGCCACCCCUUCGCCGCAUGGCCCUGGAUCCCACAUAUCCUGUCUCGCAUCACCUCGAAACACUUCCAGGCUAUGUCUGUCAUGUUCCUGCUUCGGACAGACCACAUUGUCGAUGACUUGGAUGUUAUGCUGACGACGAUGCAGCAAGAUGAUGUACUGGCGCGAUUGGACAGUAUCCUGCAGGAGAAACACUUCUCCAGUAACGUUGCGUCGCGCGGCAUCUGUCUAGGCAUUCGCCAAGGUAACAAUACUUGGGAAUCUGGCUAUGAGCAUAUUGGAACGAGUUCGGCAUUACGAGAUCUAUGCAAUCGGUGGGAUGAUCUCGUUUGGCAGAAGAUGCCACGCUCGCAUGCACGAGGUAUAUUAAGCACUGUGCACAACUUCCAAAAACUCCGCAGU